AACAUCACGACCUUUUCCAUUCUCUCUUUGAGUUUACCAAGGAAUACAGCACGAAAUGGCGUUUUACAGACGAGACCUUAAAAUCAUCUCGAUCGCUCAGCUUGUAAUGGCAGGUAUCCUCUUCGUGCUCGGAAUGGUAGACCAUUUUGAAGUACGCUACAUGUAUGCCAGUCUCAUAUUGAUGCCAGUUUGGAUAAGCCUUCUUGUCGUACUCGUCGGCAUCAUGGGAUUGGUUUUGGUGAAGAGGUCCAGUCCUUACUCUGCUUUGACAAGUGGCCUAAUCUCUGUGAGCAUGACAAGUGCUGCUCUAGCAGUACUUACCAUUUUUACCUAUGCGAUGGCACUCAAUGACAUAUUGUUCUACAAAUAUUAUGAGGCCGAAACUGAAAAAAGCUCUGACAAUACCUUUCCAUGGUUUGCUGGUAAAAACUCGGAAAUCCAGUUCCAAAAAGAGGAAAAAACCAUGAUAGCUGUACAUGUCUUGAUUAUCAUGUGUUCCAUCCUCGAAGUCAUACUUGCCAUGGCAAGUGUCCGAACCGGCAAGGCACUGGCUAAGGAGCCAAAGGAAACCCAGGCAAGCGUUGGAUAUCGCCAAGUGGCAGAGGAAGAUGUCCCCUUGUUGUUCUCCUCAGAUCAAGAGACAGACUAGUUGAUAUCAGCUCCAUACACUGCUAGAUAGAGGACGACCUAAUAACAUGAUGACGUAACGUAGCUAAACGCUUUUUAAACGACAUGGAAGCAAAUUGAUUGUUAUAACCACAAAACAUGAAUGUUACUAGUAGUAAUUUGAUUCAUUCCGUUUCCAAGAUUUUGGAAAAAUAUCUGAAGAUCAAAAUGUAGUUCGUAGCUUGAAGAAAGCGUAAAAGAUAACUAACGAAUAAUUCCCAACGAAUGUAGAAUAAUGGUUAGCAACUUUCAACUUUAACGCCCCACCCUCCUUCCCAAUCCACCUCCGUCGUUUCAAGUCUUUCUAUCACCACUUGGUGUAGAAUCAUGGUCAUAUACACCCUAAAGUCAGCAUGCAUAUUCUCCAUACUGUUCUCUUUAGAUUUCCAAUGGUAUCGACAAAGAGAAUUUUUUUUACAAUCAA